AUGAAUUUGACUGAUGUCAGUGAAUGUACCCCAUCACAUAAUUUAAAUAUAACUGAAUUAUGUAAUUAUAUAUCUAGUCAUACUGAUGUUUGUGAAGGUGGUGGUUUUGUAUUAUGGUCAACGUGGACAUUAUGUCAAGAAACGAUAUUAAAAAAAUAUUUUGUCUUUGCUUUUAGUAUAUUAUGUUUGGGAUAUUUUAUAUUAGUUCUCCUAACAACAGCAGAUGAUUAUUUUUCUGUUAAUAUAGCACAAAUUGUUGAACAUUUUAAAAUUAGCCAAAAUAUAGCUGGAGUUACUUUUAUGGCAUUUGGUAAUGGUGCACCAGACAUUUUUAAUUCACUUGCUUCUAUAUUAUCUUCAAAAAAUCCUAAAGCAGGACUAGCAUUAGGUGAACUUUUAGGUGCAAUUAUAUUUUUAAGUACUAUUGUAGCAGGAUCAAUUGGUAUGAUAAAAAAUUUUACCGUUAUGAGAAGGCCAUUCAUACGAGAUAUCUUAUUUUUUUAUCCACCAUUUGUGCUUCUAUUAAUUUCUUUUAUUACUACUAAUUCUGUUCAUAUUUGGUUACCAAUAACAUUCUUAGUUAUUUAUAUUAUUUAUGCAAUUAUUGUUAUACUAUCACAAUAUAUUAGAAAAGGAAUGAUAAAGGCAAUUGACGAUGUAAGAUCAACAAAACAACAAAUAAAUAUUAGUGUAAUAACAACAGAAGAUGAGGUAAAUGAUAUUACAUCAACUUCUGAGGUACAGGGACCAGUGAUAACUGUUACCUCACUUGAAGAACCAAUUCCACGUUCUCGUCCUGAAUCAUUUUCAAAUUAUUAUACUACUCCAUCAAAUAAUUUAAAAACACCAAUUUUAACAAGACACAAUUCAUUAAAUUCAUUAAAAGAACGUGCCAAAAGUUUUAUAAUAGAUCAUUCCUCUUUAUUUGUACCAAAUAAUGAGGAAGAGGAAGAAGAAGAAAUGGUAUAUGUAUCAAGAACAAGAAAAUCAAUUUUUGUUCAUGAUGCAAGAAGUAGAGCAGAAUCUGAAUUGACAAAUAAUAAUGCUAAACUGGAAAAGAAAAAAAGAAUGUUAAAGUUAAAUAUAAUUCAAAAAAUUUGGGCUGAUAUUAAUCCCUGGGAUCAAGAGAUGUUUGAUGAAGAAAAUAUUUCUGGAAAAAUAUUUUUUAUACUUAAAUUACCUAUAUUUUUAGCUUUAAAUAUUUCAUGUCCUCUUGGUGAUAGAGAAUGGAAUAAAUGGUUAACAUUAGUUCAUAUAUUUAUAUGUCCUAUUAUUUUAUUUACAGCAUUUCAAGUUUCAUUAAUUGUACCAAAUUAUGGUGGACCAAGUAUAGGUAUUUAUGUUAUAAUUGCAUCAUUAAUCUUAGCAAUUAUUACACAUUUUUUUACAAAAGAAGAUGAAGAACCACGUUUUUAUAAAAUUAUAGCAAUUUUUACUGGUUUUUUAAUAGCAAUAAGUUAUAUUUAUGCUGCAGCAACAGAAAUUGUUGGAAUUUCUGGGACAAUAGGUGUAAUAACAGGAUUAUCACAUGAAAUAUUAGGGUUAACCAUCUUAGCUUGGUCAAAUUCAGUUGGAGAUUUAUUUUCUGAUACGGCUGUUGCAAAAGCCGGUUAUCCUCGUAUGGGUAUUUCAGCAGCAAUAGGUGGACCACUUUUCAAUAUUUUAAUCGGAUUUGGUUUACCAUUUACAAUUGGAGCUAUACAGGGAAAACAUAUAUCACUAAAAUUUUCAACUUUAACAAAAAUUCUUUUAAUUUUUGUGACAUCAUCCCUGACAUUUACACUGAUUUUUGUUCCUUUAAGAAGAUUUAGAAUUGAUAAAGUAUGGUCAAUUUGCCUCUAUUGUUUGUAUGUAGGAUUUCUUGUAAUGGCAUUUCUUGCAGAAGCAAAAAUUAUUUCUUUUUAA